UCCUUCGUACUUCCGGAAAGACAAGUGCGAAUUUAGGAUGACUGUCGGAGGUAACUACAGGCCGCGCUGCUUCCUGGACAUACAGAUAGGAGCACAGCCAGCUGGUAGAGUUGUCAUCGAGCUGUUCUCGGAUGUGUGUCCGAAGACUUGUGAUAACUUCCGAGCACUAUGCACAGGCGAAAAGGGCAUGACUGCAAAGUCGGAGCACCCCCUCCACUUCAAGAACUCCCCCUUUCAUCGCGUUGUGAAGGACUUCAUGAUCCAAGGCGGAGACUUCACUAAAGGCGAUGGAACAGGGGGAGAGUCCAUUUAUGGAGGGGUGUUUCCAGAUGAAAAUUUCAUCUUGAAACAUGACAAAGAGUUUCUCUUGUCAAUGGCCAAUCGUGGCAAGGAUACAAAUGGAUCUCAGUUCUUCAUAACGACAAAAUGUACACCUCACCUCGAUGGGGUCCAUGUGGUGUUUGGCCACGUGAUCAGUGGCCAGGAGGUGGUGAGGCUGGUAGAGAACCAGCCCACUGACGCCAAGUGCCGCCCUCAGAGCGAGGUGCUCAUCACAAACUGUGGGGAGCUCGUCCGGCAACUCAAAGUCAAAUCUAAAAAGAAAAAGCCAGCCUCGGAGAGUGGGGAAUCUAGCACUGAAGCCUCUUCCUCCAGCUCAUCUGAGUCCUCCAGCAGUGAGGACGAGAAGAGGAAGAAAAAGAAGAAGAAGCAAGAAAAGAAACGAAAAAAAGAGAGCAGAGAGAAGAAGGAACCAGCGGAGGAGACAGAGGAGAAGGACAAAGUCCCCACAGUAUUUGCUGAAAUCAGAUCUGAUGAAAUUCCAGACAUCCCUUUUCAAAAGUUUCUAUUCCGAGGCCAACAAAAGGAAGAAGAGGAAGAAAAACAGAGUAAAGAGCGGUCUCCCCCUGGUUAUGGCCGACGUGCUCCACCAGAAAGGAUUCCGUAUCGAGGCGGGCAGGUGAACUACUCCAGGACAGGGAGGAAGAUCAAGGGGCGGGGCAGCGUGAGGUAUCGGUCUCGUAGUCGAUCGCGAAGUGAGACGCCCCACUGGAAGAGAGAAAUGAAUCGGCUAAAGCCCCUAAGUGAGGCAGAGAAGGAAGCAGAGAAACGGUGGGAGAAAGGUGACCGGCUGAAUCAGUCUCGUCAAGGUCAGAGACAACAACAGCAGCAACAACAGCAAGAAAGGGGUCAGCCUACACCCAGUAACAGGGAACAGUCUGGUAAACCUGACAAGAAGAAGCACAAGAAGGAGAAAAAACACCACAAAAAGCAUAAGAAACAUGGGAAACACAAGAAGAAGAAAGAUCGUGGGAAGUCUCCGGAAGCUUCCCCCGAGGUGGACUCUUCUGCUGAGAGUGAAGACGAGAGUGCAGCAGCCAGUUCAGACAGAGGACACAACGGCACUGAGAGGUCACGCCAUCUGGAGGACAAGUCAGAGAGAUCUGACAGAAAGCAGGUGACAGGACAUGGAGAUAGGUCAAGAGAACGAAGAGAGGAAUUUGGGAGAGGAAUGCAGGUUGGACAAAGGCAGAUGGAAAGAAGAAAUGAGUCAGUGGAGCGGAGAGAUGAGAGAGUCACAAAUAGACAGGCUGAUAGACCUCCACCCAGAGACGAUAGAUUUCCAAAACAUGGAAGCAGACAGAAUGAAAGGGAGGAGCCAAAUCGGCAGGUGAAUGAACGACGUGCAUUUGUAGAACGUGGUCGGCGUAGGGCAAGAUCGUCUUCCAAGGAUUCUGAUGACAAUGAAGGCAGCAGAGCAAGACAUGCCAAUCUCUCUGCUAGAGAGUCAUCCCGGGGAACAAAGAGCAGUACUAGCAGACGGUCGAGGAAUGAUUCCGGACGAUCAGACACAAGAGAUGCCCGAAAGAGAAGAGAUCCCAGUAGUUCUGAAGAAAGACCUGGGCCACGGAUAAGGCGGGAAAACAGUCGGCAUAGUGCUCCGGACAGAAGAGGGCACAAUACACAAACAUCUCGUUCAAACCCAAAUAUGAGAUCAAGAGACAAUCAAGCCCAUGCAAGAAGAUCAUCUUCCUCUGAGUCUGAUGAUGACAACAAAAGAAACGGAACACACAGGAAAUCACCAGCUGACCAAGAGCGGACACGAAGACCAUCAAAACGAGAUAGGUCGUCCUCAGACUCUGACACAGAAAGAUCACGAAAGGAGCGUCAAAGGAAAGCAGCUGAGUUGAGAUCUCAACAGCAGAGCAGACGUUCAUCAGACUCUUCUGACUCAGAUUCUGACCGGCCACGCAGAUCACGAGAAAGGUCGAGAGACCGCCGAAGGUCGAGUUCAACUGAAAGGAAAGCUCGAGAAAAGAGACAACAGGAGCUGAAACAUUUUCACAGGUCUCUCCACCCGACGUCUGUCAGUCCUCCCCCCACACACUGGAAGCCUGGCCAGAAGUCACUCUUGCCGAAGGAGGCCAACACUGUUGUGGAAACAAGAAGACCGGAACCAACCUCACUGUAUCCUGAAAUUCCUCUGCCUGGAGAACCACAUCCACCAGCUGAUAUCCCAGUCAGCAUGCCCCACAAUGCACCAGACCGGCGACUGGUUAGCAGAAUCCAGUACGACCUUGAGGGAGGGUCAGAGCACCCAGUGGCAGCUAAUCCUGUCAAACCUCCUGAAACACAACCACAAAGAAAAAGGUCAAGGUCAUCUAGUUCUUCAUCCAGCAAGUCCUCCUCCAGAUCAGCAAGUAACUCAGAUUCUGAGGCUGAUUCACAAUCAGACGAAGCCCAAAAGAAAGAGAAAAAGAAGGCAGAGGAACGGAUCACCUGGCAGCCCCCACCUGAUCCAGACGAUGGAGAGAGAGAGGAAGAGUUCCGAUCAGCGCGUAUGGUGUUCAGAGCAAACAGUGGCCCAGAAUCUGGGGGAACAGGGCCACGGGCACGCAUCCGUACCCCACCGCUGCCACCUAUAGGACAAGUUGCUGUGGCAACAUCGGAGCUAGCCAGACAAGAAGGACGGCAAGUCACAGGUGAUGACAGAAUGGUUCUUCGAGGGAUGGAGAGAGAAGUUGAGAGGGGAAAAAAUGUCAGUGUUCGAGGCAGAGAGAGGUCAAGUCCCCAAGAUAGCGACCAGGAAAAGAAAAGACGGAAGACAAGGUCAUCCAAUAGCAGCUCAAGGUCACGCAGUCCACAAAAACAACCAUCUGAUGAAGGUCAAAAAAGGUCUUCCUUAGACCAAAGAAUAGUGAAACUUGCUCCCAAAAUUCUGGAAAGGAGCUCUUCACAAGCAGAAAAAGGUCGGAGGAGUUCAAGUUCUUCCACUUCUCCUCCUAGGCGACAUAGAUCAUCUUCUUCCAGUUCUAGAAAGUCAACUCCUCCGCGAAAGAGGUCAGCUGGUCGGUCUCUUAGCCAGAAUGGAGACAAACCUGCUCGACCAGUUAGAAGAGAUUUAUCCCCUCGGAGAAGAUCACCAUCUCGCACAUCACCAAGACGUCAGUCUCCUCCUAGACAACGCAGAUCUCCACGAAGAUCUCCCCGCAGAUCUCCACGAAGAUCACCACGCAGGUCACCACGUAGAUCUCCACGUAGAUCUCCUCGUAGAUCUCGUUCUAGAUCUAGAUCAAAAUCAACACAACGGAGAAAGUCACGAUCCCCUAGGAGGAGGUCAAGAUCACCUAGGAGAUGGUCGCCCCCAAGAAGAUCCCGCUCACCAAGAAUAAGAAGGUCAAGGUCACAAAGACGAUCUAGAUCUCCAAGGAGACGAUCACCUCGUAGAUCAAGGUCAAGAUCACCUAGGUGGUCAUCAAGAAGAUCGCGAUCACCAAGACGGAGAAGAACACCUCCAAGAAGAUCAAGAUCACCUAGAAGGUCAAGGUCACCAAGGCCCAUCAGAAGAUCAAGAUCACCAAGGCCUCUCAGACGGUCACGUUCACCUCAAAGACGUUCAAGGUCAAAGUCAAGAAGUCGUUCAUCAGAUGGCUACAGACGACGAACCAGCCCAGCAAGACGUAGAAGACGUAGUGAUAGUCGAGGUCGGUCUCGAAGUAGGUCAAGGUCACGUCGACGAAGAAGCAGCAGUAGUAGGAGCAGCAGUGGUAGUUCACGUCGACGCAGCCGAAGACGCUCGCGAAGUUCAUCCUCAAGCGAUUAGACACCAUUUGCUAAUGAAAUAGGAUUGAUGUUAAGAUAAUAAAGAUGUUUUAUGCCAAGUGACUUUUCACUUAGACCCAAAAAAGGCAGUUGAAGCACUCCAUAUUUUACUGGUGGAUAUUUUGGAAGAUAUCAUACACAUUGUGUGCAUUUUGGAUACCACACAAAAGAAGUUUAGGACCAUUUGAUUAUUUAAGUUUUUUUGGUUAAAUAGUGUGUAUCACAAAUGGAGCCCAAACCGAAACAGUGACAAGGUGACACCAGUAUUGAAUGAAAGUGGGUGGUACCAUGUCACAGAGCAGUACAGAAUGUGGUUGAUGUCACGUCAAGUCACAUCCCAAUGUUGUGACUGUCUAACAUACAGGCUGGUAGAUGCAAGGUGUGGCAGCACACAUUGAUUCUUUGUCAAUACUCAGUGUGUUGAAGAGUGUUGUACAUAGUACGUACAGUCAACUGAGAAAACAGCGAAACCAAAGUACACAUGCUCAAACCAAAGCACUUUCGGUAUGCUGUUACUGCACAGGCAGCUGGAUCAUCUAUAGGCAAAUAUCUACCAGCAGUGUUUGUCCCUUCAGUAGGCAAACACAUGACCUCAGUUAUUGUCCCUUCAGUAGGCACACACAUGACCUCAGUUAUUGUCCCUUCGGUAGGCACAUGUAUAACUUCAGUUAUUGUCCCUUCAGUAGGCACACACAUGACCUCAGUUAUUGUCCCUUCAGUAGGCACACACAUGACCUCAGUUAUUGUCCCUUCAGUAGGCACACACAUGACCUCAGUUAUUGUCUCUUCAGUAGGCACACACAUGACCUCAGUUAUUGUCCCUUCGGUAGGCACAUGUAUAACUUCAGUUAUUGUCCCUUCAGUAGGCACACACAUGACCUCAGUUAUUGUCCCUUCAGUAGGCAAACACAUGACCUCAGUUAUUGUCCCUUCAGUAGGCACACACAUGACCUCAGUUAUUGUCCCUUCAGUAGGCACACGUAUGACCAGUUAUUGUCCCUUCAGUAGGCACAUAUAUAACUUCAGUUUUUGUCCUUCAGUAGGCACACCCAUGACCUCAGUUAUUGUCGCUUCAGUAGGCACACACACGACCGCAGUUAUUGUCCCUUCAGUAUGCAUAUUCUGCUAUUGUCUCUAUACUAGGCAAAUACAUUAGCUCAGUUAUUGUUUCUACAGUAGGCACACAUGUUCUCAAUGAUUGUCUUUUGAGUAGGCACAUACAAAGCCUCCUUUAGCAUUUGUAGCCAUCUACGUACACCCAAUGAUCAACUGCAUUGGUGUCAACUGUAGGCACAUCAACUGUUGGUACUUCAACUUUUGGUAGUUCAACUGUAGAGACUGUCAACUAAGGGUAUGUCUACUGAAGGUAUUUAUGAGGCUAACAUGCAACCGGUGGACAUGUCAACUGUUGGUAUGCUAACUGUAAAAGUCAUAAUUGUAUGCCACCCACAGACACAUCAACUGUAUGUACUUCAACUGUAUGUACAUCAACUGUAUGUACAUCAACUGUGCGUCAAUGCCAGGUUCACCAACAGCAGACACACUCUAGUGUUCUGAUUAUUUCUUGUAAGUAUGAUGCACCUGAUUCAGUAUUGGUUUCCCUGUCUCAUCUGUUGACAGUCUAGCCCAUAUUGCCUCAACAAUCAGUUAACCUUCACCCUUCCCAUAUUUGACAGAUUUAUUCAAACACACGGGAUGUAGUUCACACAGAAUGUAGUUCACACAGAAUGUACUUCAUAUUGUCUGUGAAUCAUGUAUUUAUACAAUGAACACAAGCUGUUUCACAUAUUUCCCGACAGACAUCCUGGUGUAAGCGACCAUCAUGGGUAUGUCGGGUAUCACAGAUUGUAUGUUUGUUAACCAGCUCAUUAAAAGUUAUUGCUUAUAUUUCGCCCCCUUUGUUUUAGCUUUUUGGGAAGGUUUUGUUCAGUUGUGUGGUCUUUACUUCGCUUUGAAACCUGUUUUGAGGAAGCAAUUUUUCUUAGCAUCUUGUCAGUCUCUCACCAAGGCAUAUGUGGUUGUUGUGCAACCUGAAAACUUAUAGAAAAACCUGGUUGUUGUACAACUAUAGUAUCACGGUUUUGUUGAACAACACAGCCUGUGUGUGGUUGUUUACCUGUGACUGGAAGUAAGCCAGUCCUUUAAGUCUUUCUAGUGCACAACAGGGAGGUUUAGUGGUCAUGUUCAGUGGUCAUGUUUUCUGUGCAAAAUGUGUUUGUGUGUAUCUUGAUUGUAAUAACCAUUCCUCACCUGUCUGAAAAUACACAUUUUCAUGUUCACCUUGGUGUACAAUUCCUCAGUGUUUGAAGGGGUGUUGUACACCAUUUCACACCAUGCCAUGUCUUUGCUAUAAAUAGUUUUAUCAGAAUAUAUGAAUACAAUGAAGUAUUGAUUCCGUAUUGGUUCUUGCAAAUGGUGUUUGUAUCAUACAGCUUGACCUUCAGGUGUUAUGUUCCACAUUCAUGCUGUAUAUCAACUGUUAUGUAUCACAUGCAGGUUGAUCAUCAGCUGUAAUGUUCCACAUUUUGUUUGUAUAUCAACUGUUAUGUUCCACAAGUGUAUUGUAUAGCAGCUGUUAUGUCCGACAUUUUGGUUGUAUAGCAGCUGCUAUGUCCCAUAUGUAGGUUGUAUAGCAGCUGUUAUGUCCCACAUGUAGGUUGUAUAGCAGCUGUUAUGUCACACAUGUAGGUUGAUCAUGAGCUACAAUGUUCCACAUUUUGUUAUACAAUGUAUUUAACAUGCAUGUUGUGCAGCAGAACCAGGUGCCAGACAGGUUGUAUGUUUGCCUGUAUCUUUUUUGGGUUGUAUCUUUCUGAAGACAUGUUUUUAACACAUAACCAUGGGAACAACAACCAAAUUGAUUACAGUCCUAGGGUUGGAUACAGCCAUGUUGUGGCAACAAUGAGUGCCAGUCUGUACUUGUUCACUCAUAACUCUCUCGAGUGUAUCUGCUGUGACAUUGUGUUGUUGUUGAUAAACUUUGACUGUGAACAAAGUAAUGAUGGCUUCCCUUCCCUUUUACCCAUUAACAAGAUAUCAUUUGUAAGUAACCACUCCUCAUAAGAUUAUAAUAGUUUUAUCCUU